UACAGAGGAACACAGCAAAGUGGGGAGGAGUCCGUCACCUCCUCCCCACCCCCACCCCACGUUGGUGCCACCCUUGCAGAUGAAAUGUGAGCCUGGGUGGCCAAGCACGCCGGAGAGGCCGCCUUUUUUUUUCCCCCCUUGUCAGAUCAGAGCACCUUUGGGCGGGACAAAGAACCCCUGCCUGAGCUCAGCCAGGCUUAGGACCACCAGCGGGGCCCGGCUCUCCGCAGUCCACUGGCUUUCCGCCCCAGGGCUCUGGCUGGGGUCAUGGCUAGGACCGCUCUGGACUGUGUUCUCGGGAGCACAGCUCUGUCCCCCUGAUCGCUCUGUAUCCUUCGCAUCGCUGCCGGGGUUCCUGGCUCUGCCGUCACUCCAGCCUCGGCCAGGUCGACCCGUCUGGGGCCACCGGCUUGGAUGGACGCGCUGAGGCUGCCCCGGUGUCCAGAGGUCCUGCUUCCGAAGUUAGUCCUGCUGUUUGUCUACGCAGAGAAUUGCUUUGCUCAGUGUGGCAAAGACUGCAGAUCUUACUGCUGCGAUGGAAGUACGCCCUACUGCUGCUCCUACUAUGCCUAUAUCGGGAACAUUCUCUCGGGCACUGCGGUUGCCGGCAUCGUGUUUGGAGUUGUGUUCAUCAUGGGGGUCAUCGCGGGCAUUGCCAUAUGUGUCUGCAUGUGUAUGAAGAGCAGCCGGGGGGCCCGGGUGGGAGUCAUCAGAGCUGCCCACGUCAACGCCAUCUCCUAUCCUGUGGCACCACCCCCCUAUACGUACGACCAUGAGAUGGAAUGCUGUGUAGACCUGCCUCCACCAUACUCUCCAGCCCCACAAGCUUCAGCCCAGCGCUCUCCACCCCCUCCUUAUCCUGGAAACUCAAGGAAAUAUUCCUCCUCCCAGGACUGAAUAUGUGCCAAUUAACAGUUUUGCCCAGAACAAAAUGCCUCAAUUUAGAAACACACAAAAAAUUAAUUGUCUACUGUUUAGGGUUCUCAGGUGAACACCCACGUGCACCAGGCUCCUUCUCUGCUCAGAGCUGACCCUCCCUGUGUGGAGAAUUAUGCUUGGUCCUCUGACGUCACGUAUUAGGUGAUUUACUGAUCCACCCAAGCACAGUGAGAUUAAAGCAGUGCACUGGCAGACCCUCCAAGCAUCAUGCCGCCUUAGGACUAACUGGAGGAAAUUUCAGCAUUGAGCCUGGAGUAAAGACGACACACGAUAGUCUGGUCUAUAGCAGGAAAGAGCUGUACUACAUAUACCUUUAGAAGAACUAGAAUGAUUCAUUACUUCUUUUAUCCACAAAUAUGUAUUAAGUGCCUUAGAGCCUACUCUGUGCCUGACACCACUGGGGCCACUGGGUGGAAGUAGCCAGAAGGGAACUUUGGUUUUGGCACAGGCAUACCUCAUCUUGUUGCACUUUGCCCUUUUGCACUUUGCAGGUGUUGCAGUUUUUAUAAAUUGAAGGUCUGUGGUAACCUUGUGGCAAACAGUGUCAUUCUGCCAACAGUAGGAGCUUGCUUCUUAUCUUUGUAAUUGUGAUAAUUAUCAAAAUAUUUCAAAUGUUUUAAUUGUUGUUAUACUAUGUCUAUUAUAGUGAUCUGUGUUCAAUAAUGGUUGAUGUUAUUAUUGUGGUCUUUUGUUUUGGGUUGUCAUGAACUCUACCCCCAUAAAACAGUGAGCUUGGUAGAUUGACAAAUAUCAUGUGUAUUGGGUCUGCUCCACUCUAAAGCUCCACCCUUUCUUCCCCCAUCUCUCCCUAUUCCAAGAACAGUAUUGAAAUUAAGCUAAUUAAUAGGCCAACAAUGGCCUUUAAAUAUUCAAGCUAAAAGAAGAAUCCUAUCUCUUGUGUUAAACUCAAAGCUGGAAAUAAUUCAUCUUGAUGAGAAAGGCAUGUUCAAAUCUAGGAUAAGCUAAAAGGCUAGCCUCUUAUACUGUGUCCAUAAGGUAAACCGUAAACAAAAAUGAGAAUUUCUUGAAGGAAACUAAAAUUGCCUUUCUCCAAACACCUGCAUGAUAGAAAAGAGUGAAGGGACCCCAUUGUUUCUAAGGAGUACUCUUCAGUGUUGUGGGUAGCAGAUCAAAACAGUCAUAUAUACUCCAGUCAUAAAGCUUAAUCCAGAGCUGGCACCUAAUUCUCUUCAUUCUACAAAGGCUAGCAGAGGUAUAAAAAAAAUGUAAGCAUAACUUAGAUGCUGUAACAGAAAGAUUUGAAGGGAGCAGAGAUCUGGUCCUGGAGUGAAGGAAAGGAGCUACAUCUGAGUAUCAAAGUGCAGAGUGAAGCAGCAGUCACUACUCCGGGAACUGCAGCUCAUUCUCCUGAAGCCCUAGCCAUCGCACAUAAGGAUGGCUUCAGUAAGCCAGAGUCUUGAUGUAAACGAAAGAUCCUACUGGUGGAAGACAUGGCCUUCUAGAACUUCCAAAACACAAAACAAAAAAAUAAGAAGAAGAGGAAGAAGAAAAAGAACAACCAAGUCCAUUUUCAGUGUAGUUUGAUGAAUGUUUUGAGCCAAGUAUUGAGACCUACUGCUCAGGGAAGGAAAUACAAGGUUUCUUUCAAAAUCUUAAUGCUUAUUGACAAUGCACUGAUCACCCAAGUGUUCAGCUGAAGAUAUACAAAGAGACAAGGAUGUUUUCAUGUUUACUAAUGAUCCCAUACCCACUCUGGCUCUCAUAGACUAUGGUUAACUUCAACUUUCAAAACGUACUGUUUAUGAGAUCAUAGCUGACACAGAAAUGGGGUCUUCUGGAGGCUUGACGAAAUAAAUUAGAAGCAUCCUGGAAAGGACUCAGAACUGUAAAUACCAUCCAGAUCAUCCAUGAUUCAUGAAAGGAGGUCAGGAUAUCAAUAUUAAUGUACAUUUUGAAGAAGUUGAUUUCAACUGUCAUGCGUAACUUUGAAAGUUUUAAGGCUUUGGUGAAGGAGGUGCAUGCAGAUAUGGUAGAACCACAAAGGAACUAGAAUUAGAGAAGGAACUUGGAGGUGUAACUCAAUUACUACAUCUCAUGAUAUCACUAUGAUAUGAACAAUUGCUUCUUAUGGGUGAGCAAUGAAAAGUGGUUUCUUCAAGUGAAAUAUACUUCCGGUAAAAUGUACUGCAGGCAGAGAUGAUAUGAUAGCAAGAGUUUAUGGAAUUUUUAAGUGAUCGUCAGCAGCAGGAUGAGAGAUAACUACAAAUCUGAAGGAUGCUGCAGAGAACUGUUUCAUGAAGAGAAGUUUUCAACCCAUGCAUCAGGCUUCACUGCCAUCCUAACAGUCUUUCAGCUUCAGCAACCACUAGCAUAACCACUGAGCAGCUAUCACCACGUCACCACCAAAAAGACUUGGACCUGCUGAAAGCUCAGGUGCUAGUUGCCAUUUUUUUUUACCAAUAAAAUAUUUUAAUGAGUGUGCAUACACUGUUUUGAAGACACUUAAUAAACUGUACUGCAGUAUAAACUUAAUUUUAAUGAGCACUGGAAAAGGAGUAUCCCUGUGACUCCUUGUGAAAUUUCCUUUAAAAGAAAGACAAACAGCCUCAUGGGUGACAUCAAAGUGUUACUGGUAUGGGAGAAAAAUCAAACCCAUACCAUGUCUAACGUAUAUCUGUGCAAAAAAAAAAAAUAGUUGCAGCAUUACUGUUGAUUACAUAGCUUUGUGAAAAUCCCUUCCAUCAAGAUUCCACACAAAAUCUGGCAGUGUAGUAAAGAAAUAUUCUAGAAAGUAUGUCUAAAAAAGGAAUAGCAAAUUAGUCCUUUGAGCCUCAAAUUUUUGCUUAUGUUUUAGGUACAUUUGUAGUGACCAACUGUGUCCCCAGCAGUGAAAGCAGCAGAUGAAUCAUAUCCAUUUAAUUUGAUUAUUUAUAAAAGAUCAAAAACCCUCAACUUGUUUUGGGGCUAAGAUCUCCAUAGUCAUUACUAACCCCUCCCAAGAACCACUUGGCUUUAGUCACAGGUAUGAUGAAGGUUGCUCCAACUGUGGAAUAAAAGGUGAAAAACCAAUAUUCCUAUGGUUUUACAUCAGUAGCAAAAGGCCAUAAUUUGACCAUAUACAACACACUCUUUUAAGGGGUAAAUAAAAUAUUUCUUUCUACAGAAAUAUACCUCAGUGUAGUAGCCAAUUUUUCCCAUUUUAUAAACUUUAAAUAAUCCAUUCUUUUAGAAAGUUACAGAAUUAAUUGGAAGGGUUAGAAGGCACCAUGUUGCUUUUUGCCAAGGACAGACAUGUAUGAAGUGCUUACUGUUAAAUGCAAAAACAGUCAAUAUAAAAUCAGAUGUGCUGUGUUCUAGUGAGACUGACCUUCACGUUUGUAUUUUUAUGUGGAUCCUUUCUCUACUUUAAAACUAAGUGGGCACUAGACAUGCCCACUAAGAUAGAAUAGUUGUACUGAAAUCUGUAUACCUAAGGAAGCUAAACAAGAAGGAGGACCCUGGGUAAGAUGCUCAAUCCUCACUCAGAAAGACAAACAGGAUGGACAGUGGAAGGAGAAAACAGGAAACAGGACAGGAGCCUACCACAGAGGGCCUCUGAAAGACUACCCAGCAAUGUAUCAAAGCAGAUGCUGAGACUCAUAGCCAAACUUUGGGCAGAGUGCAGGGAAUCUUAGGAAAGAAGGGGGAGAUAGUGGGACUUGGAGGGUACAGGAACUCCACAAGGAAAGCAACAAAACCAAAAUAUUUGGGCACAGGGGUAUUUCUGAGACUGAUACUCCAACCAAGGACCAUUCGUGGAUAUAACCUAGAACCCCUGCAUAGAUGUAGCCCAUGUCAGCAUCCAAGUGGGUUCCCUAGUAUGGGGAACAGGGACUGUCUCUGACAUGAACUCAGUGGCUAGCUCUUUGAUCUUCCCCCCACCCACUGAGGGAGGAGCAGCCUUGCUAGGCCACAGAGGAGGACAUUGCAACCAGUCCUGAUGAGACCUGAUAAGCUAGGGUCAGAUGAACGGGGAGGAGGACCUUUCUUAUCAGUGGACUUGGAGAGGGGAAUGGGAGGAAAUGAGCGAGAGAGGGUGGGACUGUGGGGGAAUGAGGGAGUGGGCUACAGCUGGGAUACAAAAUGAAUAAACUGUAAUUAAUAUAAAAAAUAAUAAUUAAUAAAACUAUUUGCUGACCAUUAAGAAUCUUUAUACCACUUUAAAAGGAAACCUAAAACACUUAAUUCAAUAUCAGGAUUAUAAAUCAGUAACAUUCUAAAAUGACACUAAGAAACUUGACAAAUAGCCAAAAGAAAUACUUUCUAGUAUAAGUUAUGGAAUCCAUGCUUGUAGUUGAGAAACUCAAUAUGAGUUAAUAGUGCUGAUUACUGUAUCAAAUCUCCACAUUAGAAAUGUGUGGAUCUGACUGAACAUGGUCUACAGAAGGAAUUGAGGCUAGAUUUGUUUUGAGUGGCUUGCUUGGCUAAGGCAAGGAUAAUCUUAGCUUCAGAGGAGAUGGAAUGCCUCCAAGAGUUCUGGCUGUUCUAGUGAGAGGCUCCCUGCCUCACAUGAAGUAUUGGCAUAGGGUUAAACAGUACACAGGCUUGAAUUUAUUUUUCCUCUGCAAAUGUGAUUAGUUUACACUACUCUGCAGCUAUAAUUCACAAUGCCAAACUGCCUGUGGUUUGAGAAUGUUGUUUGCAAAUGCAGUGCAUGUUCCUAACAUAGUGAGGUAAGACUGCUGAAAUGGAAGGUUGGUCUUCACACUAAUGGACACCUAUCACAUGCCUUCUGCAUUCUGUAAGUCUUGCCUGCAUGGGAACCACCUUUGUCCACACCAUCUCUCACUGAGUCAUGUAUGGGUUCCCCUAAGGCACAGCACAAACCUAUAUAUUUACAGUAGAGGAAGGAUUUUACUGUUUUUAUUAGUGUCAUAAUAACAAAUGAAUAUGUCAUAGAUGCCUGAAGCUCACUGAUUAUUUCCACAAAUGAUGUAUAUUGGAAGAAAACAAUAUUUGAUGUAAAAAAAAAAACUGGAAUAUGGUUACUUAAGAACUAACAAAUGCUAUGGCUAAAUUGUUUAUAAUGAGCAAUAAAAUGAAAGAACGUACUAUAAUAAGAACCA